UUUAAAUUUGGUUUACUUAAUGGAUUUAUGAACAACGGUAAGGUUCUUUAACAUGGUAAAUUGCGAGAAUGGGCCUUCACUCUAUACAAUAAUUAAAAGGUGACGGUUUUAGGUAGCUUAGCAAAAACGUUUGCUCUUGAAUUAGCGCCGCUAAUAUUGUUAGCUUGGCUAACGUUAAUCUUUAGAAAAAACCGUAGUUCUUACAAACACAUCUAGUAGGUCGUAUCUGGGGUAAGAAGAUAUGAACAGAAAACGGGCUCUGAUUUCCGACGCUUUCAAAGUAAAGAAAAAGAGAAAUGGCACAGAAACGUUUGGGGCUGUUGACGAAGCAGGUGCACCAGCUGACAUGAAAUCUACCUUGGAGCACCUAAUGACACUAUUUCCCAGGAAGCUCUUUAACGACACCUUGCCUCCAAUUGUACUGAAGCACCAGCUGUACAGCAUACACGAUGACAAGACCCUGGUGGAUAAGGAAGUGAAAAAACUCCAGGAGAGCGGGGAGCUGCUGAUGUUCCAGCUCGGGUUUGACUCUGAAGCGUUCGGGCUGGUUUUUGCAUCAGACUACAAGGCCAAAGUUCUGGCUGGCGAAGAGGGGAAAGUAACGCAAACAACUGUUGACAAGUUCUUGGAGAAAGUGGUGUCCUCCUGCCCAGAUCUUAGCUUCAGCAAAGACAAGAUGCUGAAAGAGUUUCUCUUCACAGACUCGGAGAUAACGCAGUUGGUGAAGUCAGGGGUUCUGACCGUGAGGGAUGCCGGCAGCUGGUGGCUUUCCAUUCCCAACUCUGGCAAAUUCACAAAGUAUUUUAUUCAAGGCCGUAAAGUGGUGCUUGGCAUGGUGAAGAAGUCCAAAUAUAGCAAAGUGUUACGAGCCGAUUUAGAGGAGCGACGCACAACCUCACAAGUGAAAUUUCCUAUAAAAUACCAUGUCCAUGACAUUGUUGGGGCAGAAUUGGUAGAAAGCAUACCUACAACUUCAGGGACUUUGUUGCGAUUUACAGAUUCCUGAGCUGCUACCAGGCAGCUAGUGAGCUUCUGAAGAUGAGAAAUGUGAAAAAAUGACCUUACAGGCUGAAAGCCUUUGAAUCAACUUUUCAUUCGGAGAUGUAAAGUUUGUGCCAUAGGCAUUACCGACCCUAAGUGGGGUUAAUAAAUUGCACAUUUAAUUGACAUGACAUUGUUGAAUGUUGGUAAUAAAAAUGACUUUAGACUUAUAAUUUCUAAGCUGUAAGAGUUGCAUAAGAAGUAGGAAUGGUGUCAAAUGUAUUUGUUUAUGAUUCAAAAAUAAAAUCAAGCAUGUCAUCUU